UGAAAUUUAUAAGCAUGUUAAGUUGGUCCCUUAAGCUAAAAAAUAUAAUGUCUAUCCGCCUUUAUUAUUGCUAUUUCAAAGCCCACUUCAGUAACGUAAGGCACGUAUUAGCCGCAACGUUUAUGCCAUCUACCAAUCACAGCUUGCGUAAGUGACCUUCAAGUGCUCAGCCUCUCCAUAAGCCAUUUGUGCCGCUAUCCUUUCUCUCAAAUCACUGAAGUAUGGUAGAAAUCUGUUAACUUGUAUGACGUUAACGUAUUUCACUCCAUGUAUUGAACUGAUUACACUUAAUCGAAUUUUGUGAUGCGGUUUUUAGCUGCAAAAACAACAUAUUGUCUCAGCGUUGUUCAAAAGUAUGACUACGAAAAUUAUUUGUGUUCAUUACUUCUUCCUGGCUCAAAAUAUGGCUUCGCUCUAGCUUUGAGAGCGUUUAAUGUAGAAUUAGCCCAGAUAUAUGAUCGUGCCAAAAAUAUAGAACAAGCCAAAUACCGAUUUCAGUUUUGGAAGGACAUUGUUGAAUAUCUGUUUAGUGGUUCUGCUAGUUCUUCGCGGUACCAUACACCUCUUGAACAGGAGCUCAAAGAGGCAGUUUCAAGUUUGACACUGUCAAAAGAACGCUUCUACCAACUGAUAACCUCAAGAGAAAGACAUUUCAACCAAUCUUCGUUUCUUACCUGCAAAGCAGCUGAAGCGUAUUUUGAUGAUACCUAUACACCAAUUCAUUGUUUAUUAUCUGAAGCCUAUGGAUUCGAAAUGGUAACACUGAGUCCAUUGCUGAGUCAUUUAGGAAAAGCACAGGGUAUGGUGAAUAUGUUGAGGAGUUCUGUUCUGUUAGCUCAGCAUAAGAAUGUCGUGUUAUUUCCUUUGGAUUUAAUAAAUCAGCAUAAUUUAACUCAAGAACACAUACUUCGUUUCUUACGUACGAACAUAUCAUUAAUAACACGUUCCGAUGAUGAAGCUGUCAAAGCCCUGACAAAGGAUAUUGCUUCACUGGGUCAUUUUCACGCCAAACGUGUUUCAAAAUUGGCCUGUGAAAUUAUGCUGAAAUCAUUCUCUACUCCAACAUUCAAUUCAUUAAAACUACAAGAGAAAGAUAUGCGACAGCGUAGCUUAAUACGAAGUACAUUGCCUAGAUUAUUACUGCCUUUAGUGCCUGUAAUUAAUUAUUUGAAUUAUUUAGGUUAUUCAGCCAACUUUGACGUACGCCUUAAUUACAAGUAUAGUAAUGGUCUGUUACCAUUACAAUUGUGUUGGAAUGCAUGGCGUAAUAAAAUACCCCAAGGUCUUAAAAAAUAAUUUUUUUUCCUAACUCCUAUUCUGUCAUUGAGUUUAUGCAAAGUAACAUUUUUUACUCAUAGUUUUUUUCCAGACAAAUGAUUGGUCAGUUUACAGAAACUGUAGAUAGUGUACAUAGUUAUCAUCUUUUGUUUUUUGUUUGUUUGAAUCCAACGCAAAAUGUAUCCCAAUUGCCUUUUAUUACUACGUUGAUGUUUAUUUUAGCUUAUUUGUCAUAAUACUUAAUUCAUGGUAAGUACUAAAAAGGUUAAGUCAUGGAAAUAUACUGUUUCGUGGUGUAGUGAUUGUUAGGCCAUAGACAUAUGGAACAAAUUCUGAUAAUGAGGUAUUGUCUAACAAAUAUUCAGGGUUUGUUAGCUUUAAAUGAUUAUAAUCUUCGUCAUAUAUUUCUAUGCGUGACAUUUUUUAUUUAUCAUUCUACUUAAACUACUAAAUCAUAUUGUCAUUUAGUUGAUUGUGAUUAGCGGCGGAAUACAGGAUUCGCUUUUCAUCUUAUUUGAGAAUUAUCAGCUAAAUGCACUUGCAUCCUCAGGUAGCCUGUCAACGAUGUAAGGAUAGUUAGAAAUAGUUGUUCGAAGAAUAUUAUCUUGUUAUUAUUAUCAUUAGAGGUUGUGGUAUUGUAAACAACUACCAGACACCCACGUUAAAAUACUAUGGGUAGUAAGAAUAAAAGUUAUCCUAGCUGAGAUUACAUUUUUAUCCUCUCUAGUAGAACCACAAAUAUGAGGGUCUCUUGAUUCUUUCAGGAUUUUUACUCCAUGUGAAAGAAAGUACAUUGCACUUGCCAAGAAAGUACAUUGCACUAA